CCAUCAGCAAAAUCAAAAUCUGUUCACGAUGCUUACACUAUCCUUCUCCGUAAAACUCUUGCAUCGCAACCCACUCCCAAGAAAACAACCUCGUCACUUCUGCACUUUAAUCAGAUCAAGUUUCUCCACAAUGAACCACGACACCUCAGAACACGUCGUCGGACCAUGGUACUCCGUUCCCGAACUCCGUCUUCGUGACCACCGCUUCACUGUUCCACUCGACUAUUCUCAAUCUCAGUCCCAUAAGAUCUCUGUUUUCGCUCGUGAGGCUGUUUCUGUUGGAAAGGAAAAUCAAGAUAUGCCAUACCUGUUAUACUUACAAGGUGGACCGGGUUUUGAGUCACCGAGGCCAACUGAAGCAAGCGGGUGGUUGAGUAAAGCAUGCGAAGAACAUCGUGUUAUUCUAUUGGAUCAGCGAGGAACAGGACUGUCGACUCCUCUGACGACGUCAUCUAUGCUUCAAAUGAAAUCCGCACAAGAGUUGGUUGGUUACUUGAAAUACUUUCGGGCAGAUAACAUCGUGAAUGAUGCUGAGUUUAUUCGUAAACAUCUUGUUCCUAAAGAGGGUCCUUGGAAAGUCUUGGGUCAGAGUUUUGGUGGUUUUUGUGGAGUGACCUACCUAAGCUUUGCACCAAACGGGCUGAAAGAAGUCUACUUAACGGGUGGAAUCCCGCCAAUUGGUGAUGGGUGUACAGCAGAGGCUGUAUACAAGGCUUGCAUUGGUCCAAUCAUUACACAGAAUGAGAAAUACUACAAGAGAUACCCUCAGGACAUUGAGAUCAUUCGUGAUGUUGUAAAUCAUUUGCAGGAGUCUGAGGGAGGCGGGGUUCCUCUUCCAUCUGGUGGUAUAUUAACCCCGAGGGGUCUACAACUUCUUGGCCUUACAGGCUUAGGAUCUAGCGCGGGUUUCGAGCGCUUGCAUUACUUGUUCGAAAGAGUAUGGGACCCGGUCAUAGUUCCAGGAGCAAAGAAGCAAAUCAGCUAUUACUUCUUGAACGCUUUCGAGAGGUGGCUGUCGUUUGAUACAAACCCAUUAUAUGCUCUUAUGCACGAGUCUAUAUACUGUCAGGGGGCUGCAUCACGAUGGGCUGCUCACAGAGUAAGGGCAGAACACGAACAUAAACUAGAUGCUGUAAAGGCUGCUAAAGAAGGCCGGCCUGUUUAUCUUACAGGAGAGAUGGUGUUUCCGUGGAUGUUCGAUGAAAUUCAUGCGUUGAAGCCAUUUAAGGAAGCGGCUAAUUUGUUGGCCGAGAAGGAAGAUUGGCCUCCUCUUUAUAACAAAACGGCACUAAAUAAGAACACAGUGCCGGUUGCUGCUGCAGUUUAUUAUGAAGAUAUGUUUGUCAACUUCAACCUGGCAACAGAGACGGCUGCUGAGAUAGCAGGCAUUCGGCUGUGGGUAACUAAUGAAUACAUGCACUCGGGUCUACGUGAUGGUGCGGGCCAUGUUUUGGAUCACCUGAUGGGAUUGUUAAACGGUAAAAAGCCGCUUUUCUGAAUCCAAAGUUCUGCCUGGGUUUACCUGUUUCUGUUUCUAGUUGUUAAAUAGUUCUAUACCGGUCAGUUUGUAGUUGGAUCGUUUGAUGCUCUAAACGGGCCAUGUUUUUGCAAUAGAAUUUGAGGUUUUGUUUGAGUUCCAUAUGGGCCUGUGCUUGUGUUUUGCACUUGCAUAUGCACAUUUAGGGGUUUAAACGAGUCGAGUUGAGCCAGGCUCGAACUUGUAUUAGCUUGAGCUCUGUUUGUAAAACUGCUUGGCUCUUCUAACUUAACAACACACUCGGUGUAGGGCUUGACUUGUUUCAAGCUCUAUAUGUGAAGUCUGAGGUUGGCUUGUGAAUCCUCUUUCAAGCUCGGCCUCGAACUUGUUUAUUAAGUAAGCUUCAA